CGAGCAGAGAGCGCGGGACGCCAUGGCCGAGCGGCUGUCGGAGGAGCAGAUCGCCGAAUUCAAGGAGGCUUUUUCCCUUUUCGAUCGCGACGGCGACGGCUGCAUCACCACAAAGGAGCUGGGCACCGUCAUGCGCUCACUGGGGCAGAACCCCACCGAGGCGGAGCUGCAGGACAUGGUGGGAGAGGUGGACGCGGACGGCAGCGGCACCAUUGAUUUCCCCGAGUUCCUCUCGCUGAUGGCGAGGAAGAUGAGGGACUCGGACAGCGAGGAGGAGAUCCGCGAAGCUUUCCGCGUCUUCGACAAGGACGGCAACGGUUACAUCAGCGCGGCGGAGCUGCGGCACGUCAUGACCAACCUGGGAGAGAAGCUGACGGACGAGGAGGUGGACGAGAUGAUCAAGGAGGCAGAUUGCAACAACGACGGGCAGGUCAACUACGAGGAGUUUGUGAGGAUGAUGACGGAGAAGUGAGCUUCGUCCCCAGCCCGCAGGGAAAACAGAGACCAUGGCUGCCCCCAGCCCCUCCAUCCCCUACUGCCUUCUCUCUGCCAUCCUGGGCUGAAAAAUGAUCUUUUAUCCCAACUGGAGCAUCGCCAACCUACGUCUGUGUUGGAUGCAGGAGAGGGCUUGGGUCACGACAGCUUGGCAUGAUGAUAGACA